AAGGCGAAGGUAAGUGCAAGAGGAAGGAGCCGUACCGUGCAAUUACUCGGUUCCAUUUGUGGAAAGGUUGUGAACACAAGGAAAAAGUUCUCCGGGAUGUGUUUUGCGGGUAUCGUGAAAACCCAAGUAACAAUUUAGCAAAGGUGUCUUGGAGACGUACAUUCUCACGUGGCUUUCGUGAUACAACACAACACACGGCCAUGCAAUAGCGUGAUCGAGUUUCACCAUUCUCAGCGGAAAAUCGUGCCACCCCACACCCGGUCACACACACACACAGCAAAAAAAAGAAAACAACGCCAAGAAGAGUACGAUCGAUUUGCGCUGGAAUUGUGCUGCAAUGCACAUUUUUCGCCCCUCGAAUCGUCAGCAUCACAUUGCGGCAAAGACAGUACAGUGAAAAAGUGAAAGGAAAAACAGCUGAAAAUUACCACCACCACCACCGUCGGGCUCGAACGACAAAAGAAAGCGAACGCAACACUAUUGUAGUGUGGCGAAGUAGUGGGAGCACACAAUUGCACAAUGAUACUGCGACAAUUACGGUCGGCCACGGUGCUGCCCGGAGUGGGGAGGGCAGGCGGCAGCCUGCUUCGGCGGCACAUUUCAUCCGCUAGGAGUUCCACCUUAUUAGCCAGCACGACAGUACAAACGGCCCGACCGGAUGAAGAGCGAGCCCGGCAACGUCUCGCACAGAUCAACGAAGAGGUACAGAAGCUGCUCGCACUCAAAGAACAGCUGAAGCAAUGCACGGUGGAAGAUGCAGGUGAGCCGGCGGUACCGAAACCGUCCGGUGCCACCGAAUCCACACCCGGCAACCGGAACCUCUCGCUGAAAACGCCCAAGGGUACGCGCGAUUACGGUCCGGAAUCGAUGGCGCUCCGGCAGCGCGUUCUCGAUCAGGUGAUACGCGUGUUCCGGAAGCAUGGUGCCGAAACGAUCGAUACGCCCGUGUUCGAGCUGAAGGAGGUGCUGACCGGCAAGUACGGCGAGGACUCGAAGCUGAUCUACGACCUGAAGGAUCAGGGCGGUGAGAUACUGGCGUUGCGGUACGAUCUGACCGUCCCGUUCGCACGGUACGUCGGUAUGGGCAACGUGUUUAACAUCAAGCGCUACCACAUCGCGAAGGUGUACCGGCGGGACAAUCCGCAGAUAACGCGCGGCCGGUACCGGGAAUUUUACCAGUGCGAUUUCGACAUUGCCGGCACGUACGAUCCGAUGCUGCCGGACGCGGAAUGCGUGAAGGUGGUGUGCGAAAUACUGUCCGACGUCGGUGUGGGCGAGUUUGUCGUAAAGCUAAACCACCGGAAGCUGCUGGACGGUAUGUUUGAGGCGUGCGGUGUACCGGCGGACAAGUUCCGCACGGCCUGCUCGUCCGUCGACAAGCUGGACAAAACACCGUGGGCGGAGGUGAAGCGCGAGAUGGUGGAGGAGAAGGGCCUGACGGAGGACACGGUCGACCGGAUCGGGGAGUACGUAACGCUGCACGGUGGCCCGGAGCUGGUGGACCGGUUGGCGGCGGAUGAAAAGCUGAAGCAGAUACCGAGCGCGAUGGAGGGGCUGGAGGAUAUGCGGUUGCUGUUGCAGUACUGUGACAUUUUCCAGGUCGCCAACCGGGUCUCGUUCGAUCUGAGUUUGGCGCGCGGGCUGGAUUACUAUACCGGCGUGAUAUACGAAGCGGUGCUGCUCGGUUCCGGUGCUGGUGGCGGUGCUGAGGAGGAAGAGAUAACGGUCGGUUCGGUGGCCGGUGGCGGCCGGUACGACAAUUUGGUGGGAAUGUUCAACCCGAAGCGGAAGCAGGUCCCGUGCGUUGGUGUGUCCAUCGGGGUGGAGCGCCUGUUCUCGAUUAUCGAGGCACGAGCGGGCGGAAAGACGCGUACGAACGAGACGCAGGUGUACGUGGCCUCCGCCCACAAGGGACUGCAUUUGAAGCGGCUAGAAAUGCUUAACAAACUAUGGGACGCAGACGUUAAGGCGGAACAUUCGUACAAGCUGAAUCCGAAGCUGCUGGCCCAGCUGCAACACUGCGAAGAAUACCAAAUCCCGUACGCCAUCAUACUCGGCGAUGGGGAACUGUCGCGCGGUGUGGUAAAGCUGCGAGAGAUUGCCACCCGCAAGGAGGAGGAACUGCCCGUGGACACGUUCAUCGAGGAGUUGCGCCGUCGCUUAAGUGCAUCCUAAAACGGGUGGGGAAAAAAAAACGCUUCCGCUAUCGAUCAACCGGUCACGUUCGAUUCGUGUACAUUUUCUUUCAUAUCAGCAAUCAACACCCCACAAAAACACUCAAACGCCUCGGACACAUUGGGUAGAGAAGCAACCAACGGCAUGUUUUGUAAUAGACAUUUAUUUGUAUGAUUUCUCAUCUCAUCGAUAAGUUAUUCUUUCAUUUUGUGUGUGUGUGUGUGUUACUGUCCUCUCGCUGUGUGCUAGAAGCAUAAUAUGAAAGGCAAAUAAAUUAGUUCGACGCGUG